UGUUUCAUGCGACAUAAAAGGGUAACAUAUCAUAUGAACAUUUAUUUAGUUCAGAGCAGCGUCGCACAUGAAUUGAUUCGUUUAAGAAGAAAUAUAGAAACUUGUUUUUAACAUACCUAAUGAUCAUGGUUAUGUCGAUCUUUACACUGUCUUAAUAUCACAACAAGGUGUUAAUCAUUUACUAUAAUUUAAAAGAAAUAUUUGUUCUUUCGCGAUUUCUAAAAUUAAGAAUUAUUUUCUUUGUGACGUAACAGUGAUAUUUGGGGUAAACGGACAUAACGUUCUAACGAUGCCGGAUAAAAAUACUAGUUCAGAUAACAGGGACAGGGCUAGUGUUGCUAGUUAUGAUUCUACAGGGAAACAGAAGAGUUUCCGGCGUCUCUUCGCGAGGUUUGCUGAGAAAACAUCUAUGGUGGGAGUACCUUAUAUCCACAUGACAAAAUUAUGGUGGGCAAAAGUGAUAUGGAGUGUCUUAUUACUGGGAGCCAUAGUUGUCAUGUCCUUGCAUUUAUGGUUUCUAUUUGACCAAUAUUACAACUGGCCUGUAAUUACAAAAGUUGAACUUGGUUUCAAAACUCUUGAAUUUCCACAAGUGACCAUAUGCAAUACAAACAUUAUGCAUAAGAAGAGAUUUUAUGAUUCUACCGGGGCGGAAGAAUUAAGACAGUUAGUCGAAGACUUGGAACCGGAAAACUUUGUUUCCGACCAGUUCGAUCCCAACUUUAGCUAUACUACAGACAGUGCAACUGAUACCAGCCAAACAACACCUGCUGGUGACCAACCUACUCCAACCCAAAGCGGAACAGGAAAUGAAAGAAGAAAAAGAUAUAUCAGAGAGUAUGACAACGUAAAUAUUUCAAAAUACGAUCCUGAUUACGAAAAUUUUGAGGACGACUAUUAUGACGACGCAGACUAUUAUCUGGAACCCCGAGAAAAACAAACAGUACUCAAAGAAUUGUUCACAAAGCUGUAUAUGGACAUAGACAAGGUAGAACGGGACUAUCUUGGACACCAGAUAUCUGAUAUGUUGAUUGAGUGUACAUUUAACGAAAGAAAAUGCACGGCAAAGUGA